AUGUCAUCUCAUUUCUUCGCGAUGCUACGGCUGGGACCGAAGAGGCCCCGCAUCCAUGAAUGCUUUUUCAGCCCUACGGAUCCAAAGAGCAUCCGACGGGAGCUAAUUUCUGUUAAGCUCUUCAUCAUCUUCAUGCCCAGCAACCUCUACAGAUUUAACAUAGAUCUACACUACGGAUACUACGUGACAUGCCAAUUUCCCUGCCAGCCUUUGAAUCAGUCCCGCUUUAAGAUUUCUCAGACGCAGCCCGGGCCCCAGUACACCCAGGCAUCUAAGACUUCUGAUAGCUCUUGUCUGCAGAAUACCGUAUUGAGCAACCUUGCAUUUGUAAACAUGUGGUUAGUCAAGGCAGAAAAGGAGUACAACACCCUUCUUAACCUUCUUUCCAUGGUAAUGCCAACGUCGGCUCCGAUCAUUGACUACGGAAAUCGGUUUCCGAGGGCUGCGGAAAGCGCGCGGCGUGCUGAGCCAGCAAGCAAGCUUCCAGAGCCCUGUUACGUUAGUCGACAGGCAUUAGACAUAUCUUUCUCCGAAGUAAAAUACUCUCUGCCGCCGGAUUCCGGCGAGAUUGACCCCACUCUCGGCAUGUUGCCCGGCGGGGUUGAUCGCAAACACCACGUUGUUAUAGCAUCACCAUACAAGCUCCCAAGGGGAUCGAAGAUGUGCCCGUUGCUACUAGUAGAUGAGCCACCAACAUCUAUCGGCAGAUUGAUAUGGUUCGGCCAGGCCAUCUCUUUUACCAACUCAAGCUGCCAAUCAACAAUAAAAGACGUUGAAAAGGCAACAUCAAUUCUUCGCGAGCCGGCUGGCCUCAUCAACAAUGAACCACCCUCUGCCGAGGUCACCUCAGCAGCAGCGAUAGUCGCGAGCGUCAACCAGAUAAGGUAUCACAUGAUACCGCGUCUUAAAGCAAAACGGCCUACGGUCGCUCCAACGCCAAGGGGCAGAGGCUAUCUCCUGGCCAGUGGCCAGACACAGCCAAAGACAGCCGCCGGCUCGGCACCAAGCACCUCGCUGCCGUUGUUUUAUCCCCGGCGCCAUCGCACAAAAGACGUCCCCCCUCAUCCCCAAGAUGUACAUGUACCCGAUCUGGAGGCGCAUUCUUGUCUCUUGUACCGGAAGAGAGCAAUACGUGAUUCGAAGCACGCAAACGAUAGCCAAAACUCAACCUGUCACUCGUCCAUCCUGACUGUCUUAGACAGCCACCCCCACACUUUCUUUUCUCUCCCGUUUGCCCCUGAUUCCUCGUUCGCACGGCGAUGUCUCUUAUCAGCCCAGAAGCCCCCCAAAAAGCGCCAUGGCUGCCAGCCCGGUGAACCAUUCGACCACCCAAAGAAGAAAAUUAGACAAAAGGUUCCAGACAUGUCAGAUCCGCUAAGUGUAAAGCCGAGACAUGCUAAUGUCCCCGGACGCGGCGCAACGGAAUUCAUCACCGAGCGAAGAAUAGGAGACAUGUACCCGAGAAGCAGAAGGAAGAAGCGGCAAGGAGGCGAAAUCUCUUUUUUGCCCGCAAUGACUGCUGUGCGACGAGGCGUGCCGUGUAGCCUUGGUGGUACUGCCGCAGUGACACGGCGUCACGUCGAGCAGGACAAAACAAACGGUGAAGCAGAGCACUCUACCUGGAUGACGCCGCGAUACGUUAGCUGCGACUUGGACCAAGACAUAAGCAUAUGA